AUGUUCAGCCUCUCAGCAUUUGUUUGCCAGAUUGGUUCUUUUGAAGAGCCAAACGUUGUGAAGACGAAAGAGCGAAGAAACUGCGCCUGCGUGGCGAAAAACGGAGGAGAGAUACCUUACAACUACGAUGGGAACAUAGUUUACCCAAAGAGCUUGAUCUACGAGUGUGGCCCUCUCUGCAAAUGCCCUCCUGCUUGCUACCUAAGAGUCACGCAGCGAGGGAUCAGGUUCAAGCUCGAGAUCUUCAAAACCGAGUCGAGAGGCUGGGGAGUGAGGUCUCUCAGCUCGAUACCUUCGGGUAGCUUCAUAUGCGAGUACGUCGGCGAGCUUUUGGAGGAUAAAGAAGCUGAGAGAAGAACAGGGAACGACGAGUAUCUCUUUGACAUUGGGAACAAAUACGACAACACUUUAGCUGAAGGGAUGUCGAAGCUAAUGCCAGGGAUGGAGAAAGAGAAAGAAGAAGAAGAUGGUGGCGAUGGUGGUGAGACGACGGGGUUCACCGUCGACGCCGCGAAGAAAGGGAACAUCGGGAGGUUUAUAAACCAUAGCUGCUCGCCGAAUCUGUAUGCACAGAACGUGUUGUAUGACCAUGAAGACAAGAGGAUCCCUCACGUGAUGCUGUUUGCGAUGGACAAUAUACCUCCGCUUCAAGAACUCACUUACCAUUACAAUUACAUGAUCGACCAGGUGCGCGAUGUUAACGGUAAUAUCAAGAAGAAGAUUUGCUACUGUGGUUCUUCUGAGUGUACCGGUAGGCUCUAUUAA